AUCGCCGUUUACCGAAUCGAGCCGCUGCCUUUUUGUUUUUAUUUCACCGCUGACGCUUGUGUUAACGCCGACGCUGCGGCCAGAUGGGCGGUCCUUCGUUCCGUCGCCUCACUUGGAUUCAUGUGUUCUCGCGCUCUUGCGGUGACAAAACCUGCUGUGGACGAUCGUCAUGUCAAGAGCUGUCGCGAUGGCAUCUCCUCUGAGGUGUCUUGUUGAAGAUGACGAUAAGUACCAGCAGGCCUUCCAUCUCUUUCUGGAGCGCUCCUCUGAACACCAGUGUAUGAGGGAUUUCAUCAACAAUAUCCUGCCAGGCAUAUUGUCGAGCGUUGGUGGAGGAAAGUCGCAUCUGGAUGUGAUCGGAGUUGGAAGUGGAGACGGUGAUAUUGACUUGGAGAUUCUGUCCAAGCUUCGGCUCAAACAUCCUGGGGUGACGGUUCACAACCAUGUGGUGGAACCGAGCGGCUACCAGCUCCGCCGCUACCGAGGUUCCGUGGCCAAGAAACAAGACCUCGAUCACGUGACGUUCGACUGGAACAAGAUGACCGCCUCUGAGUUUGCGGAGGAUUGGAAGGCGAAAAAGAUGACAAAGAAGGUGGACUUCAUUCACAUGAUACAGAUGCUGUAUUAUGUCAAAGAUGUUGGAGCCACCGUCGACUUCUUCCACAGUCUUUUGGACAAGAGUGGCAAACUUCUGAUUCUUUUGGUGUCUGGUGAGAGCGGCUGGGGGAAACUCUGGCGGACUUAUAAGACGGAACUCUGCAACUCGGAGCUGAGUCAGUGCGUGACCACAGCAGACGUCAAGAGCAUCCUCGACUCACGCGGCGUGAGCUACAAGAACUACGAGCUGAUCUCUCAGAUGGACAUCACCGAGUGCUUCACCCCCGGCGAUGAGAAGGGAGAGCUGCUUUUAGACUUCCUCACCGAGGUUUUGGACUUCAGUAACUCCGCGUCGCCCGAGUUAAAGGAAGGCGUCCUGAAGUUACUCCGCCAGCCGGACUGCAGCGUCGAGUCCGACGGCAGGGUUCUCUUUAACAACAACCUGGGAGUGAUCGUGUUGGAGCCCCUCACUGCUUAAAACACUUCACCAAUAGCUUGUUGAACAAGAUAAUUACAAUGUAAUGGAACAUCAGUAAAAAACUUGAAAGCCUUGUGCUCAUUUUAAAACCGUGGAAGUUUAAUUUUGUACAUAAUUGUUUUCAUAUGAUUAUUUUUGUGACUGUAAAUGCGAUUAGAAUGUGCGGUCAUUCUUACUUAGUUCCAGCAGGCGCGGUUGUCGGCCAUUGUCAUGCUUCUGGAGAAAACCUUGCGCUUGAAUCUCAGUUGAUGUUUGACAGAAAAAUCUGGUUAACCAUUAAAAACUGUCACUUGCAGCGUUGAGAUAGCUUGUCUUGCUUGUUCUCAUUUUCAGCCUCACAUUGUGGACACAAAGUUCCGAAGUGAAGCUUCUUCACCUGAUUUGCUGACACUCCACAAUCUCUUGCGAAAAGCCGAGCGAAUUCAAGCAGUUUUCUUAAAUAUGAGGGACAAUAAAACAACAUUAACAUUUGUAUCAGACAUUAAAAUGCUAGAAAAUGGAUAAAAUUGCAAUACGCAGAAGGUAGUUUGAGUCGGUUUGUGUUGGUUGUGACUAUACUGAGGACGGAGCAGACUGUAACUGCAGGUCAUGUUCUGUGACAUUUUAUUUUUAUGUUAUUUUAAGAUUAUUGGUCUGUUGACUGGUCAUUGAAUUGCUGUAAACGCUUUCUCUGAAAUAAAUAAUCAAUUGCCUUUAGUAC